AUGGACACGGCAGAAAAUGGCACAAAGAUGGACAAAAGUUCGCCCGCGCUGUCGCCAACUUCAAGUAUAUUUUUAGCCCUUGUGCUGGUUUUUACAGCUGUUGUGAACAUCAUUUCAAAUGCGUUAGUGCUAGUAAUUUUAGCGCGAAACAACCGCCUUCGUACAUGUACAAACGUUUUCAUCGCUAAUUUGAGUGUGGCGGAUUUAUUAGCAGGUAUGAUUUUACUACCUGCAGCUGCCGAAUCGCUUUUUUCGCGAGAUGACCAGCAAAUGGCAGACGUGAGCUACACUCUAGUGUGCGAAUUCUACGGGUUUUUAAAUUCGCUUUAUGGAAUCAGCUCCUCAUUAACGGUUGCCGUUAUAGCAUUGGAUCGCUAUCACAGUAUAUUAAACUGCCUACAAUACGAAACAAUCGUUACACAACGGAGAACAGUGUUGCUAAUAGUUUGGAUUUGGCUACAGGCAAUUUUUGUCUCGUUCUGUCCCCUUGUGGGCUGGGGGACGUUUUCGCUUAACCCUAGUCAACGUUGUUCUUCGCAUUCUCCCGACAAACACGGAUUUAUUUACUUCAAAACAGCUACCUGCGUGAUUCUCCCCUACGCGGUUACAGUCUUCUGUUACAUUAGGAUUCACGUUGUGGCACGAAGGCACGCUCGAACUAUCGUAAACAUUCAAAUUCGUGAUGCGCGAAAUAGACUCAAAAGCGGCGGCGUCAACGCGAAUCUUUCAGCUUCGAAGAAAACGAUCAUGGUUUAUGUUGUCCUUGGUGUAUACACGGUCUGUUGGAUGCCAUAUUACACUGGACAACUCUUAAUAACUGCAUUCCCUUCGGUAAAACUUCCUGGGAAAUUUUUAUUAACUGCAGCUGCGUUAUCGCUCGUCAAUUCGGCAUGUAACCCCAUUAUGUAUGCAUUAAUUACGAGCCAGUUCCGAAAUGGACUAAAACGCGUUUAUCGCCAGAUUCGACGCCGCAUUUUUUCCGGCGACGCGCGGCAGGUUAAUCCGAAUGGACCGCGCGGCGAUUCUCGAAGUUCAUGGACCUUUACAAGAUCUAGUGCAAAAAGAUUUUUCGCUACAAGCCACGAGGCAACAAGGCCAAAACUUGUUAUCACAGACAUGAAUCCAGUUUGUGCGGUCAUUCGAGAGGAAAGUUCUAUGAACACAAAACCACCCUCGCCGCCCGAAGAAGCGCGGGAGACUGGAACCUUCCUCUCUGUCUAUCCACUGACGUUACAGGUACCAACAGAACACAGGCAUUCAACAAAGAAAAAUCCUGAGAAAAGUCCCAGGGAGUUGAAAGUUAAGAAAAAUGGAUGGAUAGGGAAGUAA